ACAGUUGCCAGUGUAUUGCUGGACUGGAGGACAUCUUGAUCGACACAGUUAUCCACUAAGAAGAAAUUCGUCAGUUUCAUUCAACACCAAGAUUGUUCCACACCCUAAACACCAGUCUCUAAUUAUCUGUGAGUUUUCUGCAUCUUGGAAAACACAGUUCUCAGUUCUCCCCAAAUUUGCAAGAACAAUGGAAAAUAAUUUUGAUUCAGAAAGAGAAAAUGUCAGUGAAGAGAAUGAAAAUAUUUUGGCUAGGAAGCAGAAAAGAGAGAGAGAGACUGACUCACAAGUGACAACCGGUAUGACUCCCCCACCCAAGAAGUCUCUACAAGAGAGCAGUAAUGUUUGCCAGCAGCCUGAAGAAGAAAUGGCAUCUCCAUCAGUGUCAUUAAACGCAAAACACGUCCAAGAAGAUAGAAUAGGCGGAAGUGCCAAUGGUGAUAAUGACCUGGGUACGAUGGGUCGCUCACAACACAAGGAGCUUGAGCCUUCAGAACUUGGCCAUACAGUGUUAGAAGAUAACGAACAUAUAUCUAAUAAAAAUAUAUCUAAACAGGAAUUGACAAAUAAAAGCACAUUAGAUUCUUGUUCCCCUGCCAGUGUGCGUAAAUAUUUUAAUAAGGGUGCUUUUGGAAUGCAGGGAUCAAAUUUGUCACUAAACAAGAGUUUGUCACUAGAUAGUCUUGACCAAGAUGUGUCUUUGACGGAAAGUUUAGACCAGGAUGUUUCCUUAGCAGAGAGUGGAAAUUUUUCAUCGGGCAUCUUUGAAACUGAGUGCGAGUCACUAAGUAAUCAGGUAUUUCCUGAUGAUGAUCUUGAGAAAUUUGAAGAAAGUGCAACUCCUAUUGAUUCUGGAAAAGUCCUAGAUAAAAUUGAAGAAUCUGUGCCCCCUUGUAAAAAAAGCAAAAAUAAACAGUCCAAAGAUGAGAAAAAGAAAAAGAAGAAACAGAAGAAAGCUGUAGAGAAUGCAGAUGGUGAUGCUAACAAGACCCUCAGACCGAACUUUUUCUUAGGAAUCCAGAUAACUAAUGCUGAUAUUCACCAGGCAAUCGUCAAGGUCCAGGAAGAAAUGUUAGCAUACGACAAAUCUCUGAUGAGGUCAUUUAUUGAUGCCGCUACAUCUCACCUCACUCUGCUGGUAGCUUACAUAGAUACUGAUGAGGCUCUCCAAAUUGCCCAGUCAGCACUGGAUGAGUGUGGCACCAAAUUAAUGGAUGUCAUGACUGAGAAGCCAGUUAGAUUGACAUUCUCUGGAGUGAGUCAUUUUUCUAACCAGGUGGUUUUUGGACAGUUAGUGGAGGAUGAGCAGUACCAGCGACUGAUGGACGUAGCUGAACACACUCGCACUGUGUUCUUGGAGAAGGGUGUGUGUAUGCCAGACACUCGAGAGCUGCAUCCUCACCUAACAAGCAAAUUAUCCAAGGCACCCAGAAUAAAAGGCAAGGUCAGUCACUUCUAAAGACUUUAAAAGAGAAAGAAUGUAUAUGAUGUGCAGGCAGGCCCCCACUUCACAGUGCUUUGCUUUCAGCGUUUCUCUGAUACAGUGGUACCUC